UAAUAGUCAACUAGAAAAACUGAAAGUGUUAACAACGUUACUUAUUGCGGUGAAACUAAAAAAGAUAUCGAAUUUUAAAUAAAAUAUUUGAAAACGAGUGGGUAAAAACAUGAUGUUUUCAAGUGGAAAAUAUGCAAAAUAUAUUUGUUUAAUUGUUAUAGUUCUAAUGCAGUUAGCGCUACCAGCUGCUGCACUUAAAUGUAUACAAUGUGGAGGUGAAGCAAAAUGUAGUACAACUAUGGGUGAAGAGGCCAAAGAUUGUCCUUCAGAUGGAAAAACAUAUACAAAAUGCUUUACACAAAUUGACACCAGUGGCAACAUUUCAAGAGGAUGCAAAACAGCCGAAGAAGUCGCAACAUGUACAGCCGAUAAUAACUGUAUUCUAUCGGACGAGAGAAAAAACAAUCAAUUGAUUUGCAAAAAAUGUGAUGCAACCGAUGAAAAGUGUUCUCAAACCGACAUGAAUGUUAACGAUCUGAAGUACAAUCAAAUCUGCGGUGAGGGCGUUAAGAAAUGUAUUAAGAAAAUCGAUAAUAAGCUUGUCGUUAGAGGUUGUGCCACUGAUAGUGAUAUUAGUCAAUGUACCGAUGCCAAAACCUGUGAAACAUGUGACAGCGUGAUGUGCAACACUGGGGUAUUCCCCAAAGAACGCAUACGUUGCCAUCAAUGUACUGGCAGCAGCUGUUUAGAUGUUGCAGCAAAUAGUUUAGUUGCCAAACCCUGUACAAAUUACGUAGAAAAUGAUCAAUGUUACACCAAAGCCAAGAGUGAAACUGACAUGACACGUGGUUGCAAGUCCGAUACUAAGGAUAAUCAAUGUACUGACACUGCUGAAGGUUGUGCCUUUUGCUCCAGCGAUAAUUGCAAUUAUUUAAAGUAUAAAUAUGAUCAAGUGUUGAAGUGUCAUCAGUGCACUGGUGACGAUGCAACCAACGAAUGUUUCAAAGAACAAACUAGCACGGAAUUUAAGGAUUGUGAAAAACAACUUCUUUACAAUGAAGCCGAAUAUUGUUAUACCCAAAUCAAUGGUGAUAAAAUCCAACGUGGUUGUCUUCAUGAUAAUGCCGAUCUUACCGCUGACAAAUGUACAGAUAGCAACAACUGCAAAAAAUGCAACAGUGCCAAUGGUUGCAAUAAUGCCAAAGAGGAACCACCACAGUUCACUUGUAUCGUGUGUCGCAGUGAUUUGAAUGAAAAGUGUUGGAAUGAUGCAAAAACUAUGCAGGGACAAAAGUGUCGCGUUAGGCCUAGUUCAGCCAAAGAAGGCUGUUUCCAUGGUAUUUGGAAUGGUGUUGCUAUUCGUGGUUGUAUGGUUGAUGCCAGUUUACAAAAUCAAGAAAUCUGUAAAGAUGAAAAAAAUCUUCAAUGUAGAGCUUGCUAUGAGAGUAACUGCAAUACUUUUGAUUCAUCUGGUGCUAAUAAAAUCGGUUUACAAUUUGCCGUAUUGAUAGUUGUUUUGACUACAUUGUGGAAUUUCAAAUAAAAUCGCUACAAAUUUUUUGUAUAUUUCCAUUUUUUAAUAUAUGUAUAUAUAUACAUAAGUAUGUACAUAUCGAGACAAUAUAUUUUAAAAAAUAGCUAACUCAGAAUAAUCUAGUUUUUAGAAGAGUAAUAUAUUUCUGUUAUGUUAAACAAAUUAAUAACUUAUUUUCCAUGAUAAUUGUGUAUAAUAUUAAUUCAUUUUACUUUGGAACUAUUAGAAGAUAGCGCAUUUUGUUCGAAACGUAAAAAAUAUGAUUCAAAUUUGGUCAACAGAUAAAAAUAACAUAGAUAACUAAUUAAUGAAAGUGAUCUUUCAAAAUUACUAUGAGAUAGGGAAAUAAAACAAAAAAAAAAAUAAAUAAAAAAAACCCAAAAGUUUA